AUGGAGGGCAUUGCCAUAGUUCCCCCGCAAGGCUGCGGCGAAUCCAAGCACAUUGCCGAGCGCAUCUGCCUUGAAGCCUCGCAGAGAUCUCGUGUCCCCACGUCAGUGUAUCCCGUCGGCCAGAUCGCCGGAGCGACCAGCGCGCGCGGACACUGGAAUCCGCAGGACUGGCUACCGACGAUGAUUGCGACAUCGAAAGUGAUGGGUAAAACGCUUAACCGACUGGGCUCAGCCGAGGUCGAUUGGGUGUCAGUAGAGCUCACACGAGGCAUGGUGGGUCGUGUUUUAUCUCACGAAUCCCGAACGAGUACUAUGGCAGUCAUUGAUACUCGCAAUCAAAGCCAGAAUGCGGUCGAGCCAACUCCAAUGUCUGCGUGGAUUGACGAUCCGGAAAGUACAUCCAACCCUGGCAGUGCGGAAAUUGCUUCAAAGCCCGCGCUUCAGCCGCUAGGUUUCUACCGUGGGCUACCAGACAAGGGUAGUGCCCUGUGUGUGGCGCUGGAUGUCCGACGGGCGAGGGAGGCAAGUGUCAGCAUAAGAGCCCUAGACCCGGUCUCUUCCUCGCUGAUGCGAAAUUGGCUGCAGCACUGGCAAUUUUGA